AUGUCGUCGCGCCACCGCGGAACUUUGGGCUACCGCGGCGUCCGCGCGCGCCCCUCCGGCACCUUCUACGCCGAGAUUCGCUCCGGCGACAUGCGCCUCGGCGUCGGCACGUUCGACACUGCCGACAAUGCCGCCCGCGCAUACGACGCGGCGGCGUGGCGCCUCAAUCGGCCUGGUAGGAAGAAGAAUUCCCCCGAGGUGAUGACGCGUGAGUGGGCGCACAGGGUCGCGCCUCCCCCACGGGUUGUUGCCGAAGAGGACCAUCACCGGCACCGGAGGCAGGAGCACCGCCUCGGCAUCGCUGAGAUGAACAAACAUGCCAUGAUGGAGUGGUGCCGACAGUUCCCGCAGGACGUGCUCAACGAGGGCGCAUUCUUCGUGCAAAGGAGGGCGAAGAGGAUGACGGAGCAAGCCGGCUAUCGUGAAGAUAGGCGUAUGCGGAAGCAAGCCGCACUCUUCGAGAUGGAGCUUAGGAAGAGUCAACUUGGUCCUCCGACGAUGAACAUUGGGCUGACGCCUUCAUCAUGA